CCGGUUUUCAGACAACAGACAAAAGGAAGAUUCGUCACGUCAUCGACGGCGCCCCAAACGAACGUUCACAAGUAGAUAAACCCCCUUUCUACGGUCCUGAGAGGAAUCCGUGCGUGGACCGUCUGCGCAGCAGCGUUCAGUCCGAGAACCGGGAGUCAGUCAACCCAGUGGCAGCCUGCCGUUCGGGCCAGCUUGACGUCUCUCCUGGAUGCAUAGCUGUGCGUCGGGUCGACAUUGGUUCCGAGGAGUGCAAGUGCGGUUUCAAUUGAACGAGGAAACGGGACCGGGGUGAAGUUCGCGCCGGAAAGUCUACAAGUAACACAAGAGUGCUAUAUAUUAUUUAAAAUUGUAAUAAAAAAAAAAAAACCGAAUCGCAGCUCGUUAUUGUACUAACGAGAAGUUUUUUAGUUCAGUGCCUCCACGGGGAGAUGAUAUUGUGAUAAGGUGUCGUGCGAUGCGCCGAUUCGUGAGGUGAACCAAUCCUCAAACACCGAUCGGCGCCGAGCCGAGGACUUGAGACCUUGUGGUUCCGACGCUCGGCAUGGAGGACGAGCUGCGAUGCCCCUCGUGCAAGGAGCUUUUCUCCGAGCCUGUGUUGCUGCCCUGCUGGCACGCGCUCUGCCUCUCUUGUGCCGUGGGCCUUCAGGCCCCCCCCGAUUCACAGCCGGAAUGUUGCGCCCCCGAUCCGGCGGGAAACGGGCCCGACCAGGAGGCCGAUAAGCUAUCGAUACUGUCGGAAACCGAUUCGGGGGUCGUUUGCAGCAGUACCUCGACCUCCUCGCGACCCGGAAGCUACGUCGGCACACCGGGGAACGGAGGGUUUCCACCCUCCGGGGGUACCCUCUGUCUUGCAUGUCCUGUUUGCCAGAAGAUGGUCUACUUUGACGAGGGUGGUGCGCACAAUUUACCCAAGUACAGGGCCAUGCAGCACAUCGUUGACAAGUACCAAGAGGCCCGGAACGUCAGGCUUCAAUGUCAGAUGUGCGAGGCUGACCCUCGGGAGGCAACCGUCGCCUGCGAACAGUGCGAGGUUCUCUACUGCGACUCCUGCCGAGAAUCUUGUCACCCCAACAGAGGGCCCCUGGCCGCUCAUAACCUCGGACCACCAAGGGGCAGCUGGCAGUCCUCUUCGACGAGGCAACGAGGACCGGGUGACCCGGGUUCGACGGGGUGCGCCGAACAUCCUACAGAAAUGGUUUGCCUCUACUGCGCGAUGUGCAAAAGCGCCGCAUGCUCGUUGUGCCUUCGGGACAGACACGCCGCUCAUCCCCACGACGUGCUGCCCCUCGCCGCUGCCUGCAAGGCCCAAAAGACGGAGUUAUCACAGAAUCUGCAACAGCUGUCCGAGCGGGCGAGAUCCACGACCGAGUUUAUCCAGAGGUUGAAAGGAAUGACGGACAAAGUUCACGAAGAGUGCGCAGCGCUGGAGAGGGACGUGGACGACACGGUGGCCAGCCUGGUGGGUCAGAUCCAUGCCCGAAAGGGUCGUUUGAUCGACGCGGCUCGACAGACUCGCGACAACCGGGUUCGGUCGCUCCGAGAAUACGUCGCGAGAUGCGCCUCACACCUCCAGGCGACGACGGCCCUCCUGACCUUCUGCAUCGAGGCCCUCAAGGAGACGGACAGCACGGCCUUCCUCCAGGUCGGCGGCAUGCUCUCGGUCAGGGCCUCGACGGCCGCCGGUUCCUGGGGCGCAGCCGAGGGUGUUCAGGAAGCCGCGAGGCUGCCCCUCCUGGAUCUCACCCUAGACGACAAACCCCUUCGUAGGGCCAUCGAUCAGCUCACCUUCGUACAGCUGAAACCCGCCGAGGGGGAGGACCGUUAUCCGACCGCAGCACCCGGUGCACCUCAAUUAAUACCGGAAGAAUGCAGCGCGGAGAACAACAGCGUUACCGUUGCUUGGCAGCCUCCGGGAGGAGGAAGUGGUGGACAAAGAGGACCAGCCGUCGAAGGCUAUCUUCUAGAACUUGACGAUGGUUGUGGCGGGGAGUUCAGAGAGGUUUAUUGCGGACGAGAGACAAUCUGCACGGUCGAUGGUCUCCACUUCAAUUCCCUGUACAACGCGAGGGUGCGGGCGUUCAACAGUGCCGGUGAAGGGGAAUACUCCGAACUGAUCGGCCUACAAACUGCCGAGGUCGCCUGGUUCUCCUGGGCCGUCGGUCCUUCGAGUUCGGUUCUGGGUGCCUCGAUGGGAUCUGGAAUGUCCUCGGGGAUGGGAAUGGGUCCCGGAGUUCCCCAGGAAGUCACUGUCUCCGAGGACGCGACGAGCGCCUCUUGCGAGGGGUACGAGCAUCGGGUCGUUCUUUCGAGUGUUGGAUUUUCCCGAGGUGUUCAUUACUGGGAAUUGACCAUCGACCGAUAUCACAGCGACACCGAUCCUGCCUUUGGAGUUGCUCGUGCUGACGUUGCCCGCGAUCAGAUGCUGGGUAAAGACGACAAGGGUUGGAGCAUGUACAUCGACCGUCAGAGGUCGUGGUUCAUGCACGCCGGCGGUCACGCGCAACGGACUGAGGGCGGCGUGCAGCAGGGAUCGACGGUGGGCGUUUUGCUGGACCUGGAGACGACGCACACGCUGCGUUUCUUCGUAAACGACCAGCCGCAGGGCGGCGUGGCCUUCCGCGAUCUCUACGGCGUUUUCUACCCGGCGGUAAGCCUGAAUCGGGGGGUCUGCGUCACCCUUCACACGGCCCUGGACGUACCUCGGCACCUCCUCGCCACCCACGACGAGUACCUCAACGACAUAGUGCAGAGCUAGGGGUACCUAAACGUCCU